AUGGCUGACCAAUUGAUUUCAUUGACUUGGUCUGUUCAAGAUUUCCAGCGACUUGCAUGCCCCGUUGGGCUCAGCAUGCGACAUACUCAUUCUGAAAUUGGAUUUUCCUUAGAAAAUAACUUGAACGAGGCUGCGUCUGAUGAGGCACUGCAUAAAAAUAAGUCCAGAAUGACAUAUCUGCCAUCUCCGUAA